AUGGGGGGUGUUCUUCACCUUGACGCCAUACGUUUCACGGUGGCGUCGUCGGCGGCGGAUUUACGAGCGCGUCGCUUUCAGAAUCGCCAUAGCGUGGCAGUCGGCAUGGCGGUUCUGAGGCAGAGGUUGCUCAGGUUCGGGAGGAUUUCAGGUCAGGUGAUUCUUUUUGAAGACCUCCGAGUGCGAAAUAAAAAGUCUUGAACACUGAAAAAACACCGAGGGGAAGCUUGCUCUUCUGAGAAGCUCCCUUGUAUGGAGAUGGACUUGCAAGUUCAGAAGUGUAGGUUUUGUCAGUGGCCAAAAUGGUCUACAACCGAUAGAUCCACCUGUUGAAUCAAGACAAGAUUCUGGCUAGAGUCGUUGAAAAUUAUGAAGACGUUAGAAACUUCAGAUUCAACUCGCAACCCCUCAGAAUAGAAAAAAAUAUCUUCAAAAAAAGAUACUAUACGGAAAAAAAUUGAGAAUCUUGGCAUUUACCUAAACUUUUUCAGAAUAUGAUUUUUUUGAAAAAAAUCAAUAAGGUUAUCCGAAAAUUUCAAACUGAAGCGAUUUUUCAAAAAAAGUCGAAAAAAAGCUAAAAUUUGUAUCAGAGAUCUGAAAAAAAUUCGAUAAUUUCAAGCCGAUAAAAGAUUUGGAGCUUUUGGAAUCAACUUGAGUAAAAUUUUCAAAACCAAAUCAAAAAAUAAGUAAAACCUAGUGGAAAGGAUGUUAACUACGCUAGAGCUACUACGAUCUUUCAAAAGUUGGAAAAUGCGUCCGACCUGAAACGGCUUGCGUCGUGAUGGUAUUAUUGAGCAUGGGUAAAACAGCUUUGUCGGAAAGUGGUAACGCGGAACGGACGUGCUUCCGAGCCUUUCUAGGGAUCACUUCAGUAGCGUGA